GUCUACUGCCCUUCUGCAUAUGAGGCUUCUCUUCCGCCAACUCAAGAGCUCUGCUGUUGCCACUGGUGGUGGAACUUUAUAUUGACGAGCUCUUUCAACCCUUCUCACGCAUCGCACAUCAGAAUCCUAUGAAGUCUGUAGUUUGUGGGGCUUCUUAUAGUCCUUGAGUGGCUGGAAACAAUGGCGGAAAAGCUUCUGAUUUUGUACGCUUCACAGACGGGGAAUGCGCAGGAUGUCGCUGAGCGCAUCGCCCGAGAGGCGUCUCGCCGUCGCUAUGCCCCUCUCGUGCUCUCCAUGGACUGCUGCGAUCCUACUCUGCUUGCGCACUCGACAACUGCAAUCUUCGUCGCGGCCACGACAGGCCAGGGGGAUCCCCCCGACAACAUGCGCGCCUUCUGGCGGUUCCUGCUGAGGAAGAGCCUGCCGCCGGCGUGCCUGCAGCACCUGAGAUAUGCAGUUUUCGGGUUAGGAGAUUCGGGUUACCAGAAGUACAAUAUUACAGCCAAAAAGCUGGACAGGAGGUUGCUGGAUCUGGGGGCUCAGCCGCUCGUGCCGCGGGGCCUGGGCGACGAUCAGCAUCCAUCCGGGUACGAGGCGGCUCUGGACCCGUGGCUGGCAAAUCUGUGGUCUGCGCUCCGUCACGUCGUCCCGCUGCCGCCCGGAGCUUCCGAACCAUCAGAAAGCGAUGCACUGGUGCUCGAUCCGCCCAAGUUCAAGGUCACCUACGUCUCUCGGCCAGCGCGCAAAGCUGGAGAGAGAAUACCCCCUGAGCCUUUGUCAGAAGCGCCUUCGAAUGAUGCAAAGGCAGGGUUAAGUUUAAAUUCGCAGAACCUGGGACAACCGCGGGUCGGCUUGCGAGAAAACGGGGAGAUCGAGAACUCUGAAAGAGAUGCGACGUCGAUUGCUGCUGUUGGAGAAGCAAUUGGAGGAGCAGUCAGGGUUCUGGGCCCAGAGAGGGACUAUCAGCCAUCUGCAAACGGACACUCAACAGAACGGGCAGCGGAUCGGAUUGGAAACGGAAACGCAACGGUCGCCACGGCGUCUGCGAGCGGAGACGAACUGGAAGAGAACCUGCAUGCGAUUGCAGUACUGGACGCUGCAACGAGCGCUAGUUCCGGUCAGGAAGUGAAAGCCGGUGGUGGAGCGGGUGCAAGACUGGGGUACUCCCAAGCGAACCCGUACUUAGCCACGAUGGUCGCCAACGUCAGACUGACGUCACCCGACAACGAGCAGGACGUCCGGCACAUCGAGCUGGACCUCGGAGCCUCCGGCAUGACCUAUGCUCCAGGUGACGUCAUCAACGUCAUGCCCGAGAACUCACCUGACGUCGUCCGGCGGUUCUGCGAGCGCUGCGGUCUUGAUGCGGAUGCGGAGGUUGUAAUUGAACUGCGGGAGUCAGGUGCUGUUCCGGACGCCGGACAAACGGAAUCGGACGGGAGGAGAAUCGGACGGAAUGGCCGACAGCUUGGAACGGACGGGCGGGAAGGGGAGUUGGACGGCCAGCAGAUGGGCUUGGAGGACCAGCGGCAUGGUUCCGGCGGCCAGCGGAAUGGUGCGGACGGCGAACGGAAUGGCGCGGACGGCCAGCGGAAUGGUCCGAGCAGUCAGCAGAAUGUUCAGCACACAAAUGGGGACGCUCAGCAAAGUGUAUCGGACAAUAGUUUGAAUUAUUCGUAUGCAAACAUAGGACCUAACCCGCACGCUGACCUCAAACCUAACCCAGUGGAGCUAGGAGUUGAUCGGGGUGGAGUCGAGGGCGUGGAGGAGGUACAAAAAGCGGCCGGGGCUGCGAAUGGUUUCGACCGGAAUGGUAUGGACCGGGAUGGAGGGAACGGCUUUGGACCUGUCCGAAUAGGGGCCCUGGUCCGAGCGGCCUUGGACGUGGCGUCGGCGUCGCCUAGACGAUACUUCUUCGAGGUGCUCGCGCAUUUCGCUACUGCGGAGCACGAGAUCGAACGGCUGCAGUACUUCGCGACCGCCGAGGGGCGGGACGACUUGUACCGGUACAACCAGCGGGAGCGCCGGACGGUGGUCGAGGUUAUGGACGACUUCCCGUCCGCGAACCUGCCGCUCGAAUGGAUCCUGCAAGUGGUUCCCCGCCUAAAGGCACGUGCCUUCUCCAUCUCUUCCUCCCUGCUAGCCCACCCCCGCCAAGCCCACGUCACCGUCGCAGUCGUCCGCUUCCAAACGCCCUACAAGCGGACACGUGUCGGCCUCUGCUCGCACUGGCUCGCCUCCCUCGAACCCCACCCCUCUCAACCAGUGCGACUGCCUGUGUGGGUCUCCAAGGGGUUCCUAAAACUGCCCCCGCCAAAUGUGCCAAUGGUUAUGGUGGGGCCUGGGACGGGCUGCGCCCCGUUCCGGUCGUUUCUGGAAGAAAGGACGGAACUGGAGCGGAACGGAACGCCGGGCGCCCCGUGCAUGUUCUUCUUCGGGUGCCGGAGGGAGAAGGGCGACUUUCUGUACAAGGACCAGUGGCUUUCGUACGCGCGCGGCGAGGGCGUCCUGAGCGAGGCGCGCGGCGGGGGACUCUCGGUGGCGUUCUCCCGGGACCAGAUGCUCAAAGUGUACGUCACGCACAAGAUUAAGGACCAAGGCCGCAAAGUCUGGCAGCUGCUCCAGGCUGGCGCGUCGAUCUUCGUAGCCGGCUCUGCUAACAAGAUGCCCGCCGACGUGGCCACUGCUCUCGAGAUCGUGGCGCAACGGGAAGGCCAGAUGACGCAGCAGAAAGCUGCCGCUUGGCUCAAGGAUCUCGAGAAGAACAGGCGGUACCACGUGGAAGCUUGGUCGUAAGAAGGACCAGCGAAUGUCGGACACUGUGUGGUACAGUGGCUCUAGAACAGCCAAGACUCAAGGACUUCGGUCGUUAUCAUGAGCCGAGCCGUCGUCUUUUGCCGUCGAGUUUGCGUCUUCCCUCGGGUGGCAUUUGACGGUCCUAUCCUUUUGUCCUCUUGCCACACUCCUUAGCGAACACCAUGAAAGAGGCGGCCGCCGGCACACAAGUUCGGUCGUCGUCAAGGGAAUUCGGCCAACUAUACGGCCUUAGAUUUCCGCACCCUG